UCAGAAACAUUUAAUGGUAAUGCAGAUCUAGUUGACCCUUUUUAUUUAUAAACUCCUGUACCAAAAAUACAAAACACUUCUAUCAAAAUAAGAUUGAGAACUUUGAUUUGGAAGCUAGAUCUGACACACCAUGUGAAAUGCAAACACAGAACAGGAGGUCUCUGCCCCAAAAAUGUUUAUGUUUUAUUAACUUAAAUCCAGACCUGAAAAGUUCAGAAGUUUGCCAAAACUCUGGAACAUUUACGCCAUGCAGGUACCCCCCAAAGUGUGUACUUUAUGUGCAUGCUGUGUUGGGGCUUCCAUCACACUCUGUGUUCGUCCCCAUUUUGGCCAGUGGCUUAAUUCUUUGGUCUGACACUGGUCACACAGGCACUCCUGUGGCAAAAUACUCAGUGAACAUGAAGGCAUUUGGUGAGCUGGGAAGGUUUGUCUGACUCAGGGCAAUCUGUGAUGUGAUAUAGUGUUGCAUGCUCUGAUAUGAUCAAACUUUAUUUGAAUGCUUAGAGGAUUUCCCUCCUUGAGAUAAUUUAUUAGGUUAAAAUAGUCAGAGUAUGAGGUAACUUCAGAGGCUGUUUCUGAUUUUAAAUACAUCAAAGCUAGCAGUAACCCAGUUUUUCAAAUGAGUUAAUUCUUUUCUCUGAAGGGGACUCUGAAUAUGUGUGCUGUUUUAUUGUUUAUCAGGUAUUAAUGGCGUUUCUUAUUAUGCUUGUUAAUUUUGGCAGGUCUUUCUCCUCUACAAAGAAGCUUUGUUGCCAAGACUUACUCUGAAAAUGACCUAGAGUACCUACUGCAGAUGCCUGCAAGUGUAGAAGCUGAUAAAUCAUAUCUUCUUCCCUCCCCUGACUUUCCUGUUUCCUCUGGAAUUUAUACUUCUAAAUUUUUUUAAAGUUAAACGUCUGUUGAUGGCAUUUGAAUUACAACUGUGAGCAUACUUAUGCAAAGAGACAAGCUAUCCUGAGCACUUUUGAGUUCUGUUCAGUGGAGGGACUGCUGUGGGUCAGCCAUGCUAAAGGGCAUAUGAUGGAGAUAAGCAUGAGAUCACCGUGGCACAGCUGCAUGUAUAGUCACUCUUGAAGCAAUUACACACCUAAUUGGCUGGCAGUCUUGGCAUUCUCAAAAUAAACACAAGCCUUUUAAAGAAAGGGGACAGAUUUAUGUAUGAAUAGUCAAAUAAACUUGUUGGGUGUCAUCAAUGGAACCGUCUGGCACUGAACAGUUGUCUGAUGACCCUGAUCCUGGAGGCAAAUCCCAAGAUCAAGAAACCAAAAAACAACAUGAAUCAGAGCAAAAAUUAUCCAAAAUAACGCAUAAUGCUUUGGAGAACAUUAAUGUCAUUGGUCAAGGCUUGAAGCACCUGUUCCAGCAUCAGCGCAGGAGGUCGUCUGUUUCUCCACAUGAUGUCCAGCAAGCUCAGGCUGAGCUGGAGCCUGACCUGGAUUUGGAAAGCCAAAGCGUCUGUGCUGAAAUUGAUGGUGUCUCCACCCACCCCACAGCUCUGAACCGGGUGCUUCAGCAGAUCAGAGUGCCACCCAAAAUGAAGAGAGGGACCAGCCUGCACAGCAGGUGGGGCAAGGGAGAUGCCCCGAAAGGAAGCCCGCAGAUCAACCGAAGGUCUGCUCAGGAUAUUCAGUUGGGUCGGCCCAGAUCAUCAUCCACUACAGAUGCUCCCACAAACUUGUCUGUGAUGGAGAUUGCUUCUUCUAUCUAUGUAGGUGGAGAAGAGGCCACAGCAGCAGCAAUUGAGCGACUGGAAGUCAGCAGCUUGGCACAGACCUCCAGUGCCGUGGCCUCCAGCACUGAUGGCAGCAUCAAUGCAGACUCCGUUGAUGGGACCCCAGAUCCUCAGCGGACAAAAGUGGCCAUCACACACCUGCAGCAGAAGAUACUGAAGCUGACAGAGCAGAUCAAAAUUGAGCAAACAGCCCGUGAUGACAACGUGGCAGAGUACCUGAAAUUGGCCAACAAUGCAGACAAGCAGCAGAGUGCCCGCAUUAAGCAAGUGUUUGAGAAGAAAAAUCAAAAGUCAGCCCAGACCAUCUUGCAGCUGCAGAAGAAAUUGGAACAUUACCAUCGAAAGCUGCGAGAGAUUGAACAGAAUGGGAUCCCUCGGCAGCCAAAGGAUGUCUUCAGGGAUAUGCAUCAGGGUUUGAAAGACGUUGGAGCAAAAGUCACUGGCUUCAGUGAGGGAGUGGUUGACAGUGUAAAAGGCGGACUUUCCAGUUUCUCCCAGGCCACACAUUCAGCAGCAGGAGCUGUGGUUUCCAAACCCCGGGAGAUUGCCUCCCUCAUAAGGAACAAGUUUGGGAGUGCAGACAAUAUUGCUAAUCUGAAAGACUCCUUAGAAGAAGGCCAGGAAGAUGGGACAGGUGGCAAGGCUCUAGGUGUUAUUCAGAACUUUCAGUCAAGCCCAAAAUAUGGCAGUGAAGAGGAUUGUUCCAGUGCCACAUCAGGCUCGGUGGGAGCCAACAGUACAACAGGAGGCCCUGUGGGAGCUUCCAUCUCCAAAACAAACACUCUGGAUAUGCAGAGCUCAGGGUUUGAUGCAAUACUGCAUGAGAUACAAGAAAUUCGAGAGACACAGGCAAGACUGGAAGAAUCAUUUGAGGACCUUAAGGUUCGCUACCAGAGGGAUUACACGUUGAUAAUGCAGACCCUGCAGGAGGAGCGGUACAGAUGUGAAAGACUUGAAGAGCAGUUAAAUGACCUGACUGAGCUCCACCAGAACGAGAUUCUCAAUUUAAAACAGGAGCUGGCCAGCAUGGAGGAAAAGAUUGCCUAUCAGUCUUACGAGCGAGCCCGGGACAUCCAGGAGGCACUGGAAGCGUGCCAGACGCGCAUCUCCAAGAUGGAGCUGCAGCAGCAGCAGCAGCAAGUGGUGCAGCUGGAGGGGCUGGAGAAUGCCACAGCCAGGAACCUGCUGGGGAAGUUCAUCAACAUCUUGCUGGCUGUCAUGGCUGUCCUCCUCGUCUUUGUCUCCACUGUGGCCAACUGCGUUGUGCCCCUGAUGAAGACUCGCAAUAGGACGUUCAGCACUUUAUUUAUAGUGGUUUUCAUUGCCUUUUUGUGGAAGCACUGGGAUGCCAUCACCGGCUACUUGGAACGAUUCUUGUCUCCGCCCAGAUGAUGGUGGCAGGAAUGGGCUGCGCCGCUCGCUCCUGGUGCUCUUGGUGAGCAAGUGUGGCAAAGAUUAGUCAGCGACUACUCUGCUGAAGUUUUAAAGUGUCCGAGUGAAUUUGUUUACAUUUAGAAUAACGUUUUUUCUCUGCAAGAUGCAUUGCAAUAGUAUUUUUUAGAUUUUACUCAAGAACUCUUUUGGCGAGAAUCCUGGAUAAUUUUUAUGUAGCAUGGUUCUCUUUGGAUGCAAAUCUUAAGAUUCUUUAAAGUGUACAAAAGAAAUGAAUAAAAUACAGAAAUUUGGAGCAUACCAAUGGGCAGUUUAAAUUGUGGCUUGAACUACUGUACUAAACCUGUCAGGAAGAAGAGAACGUGGUUAGCUUAAGACGAGCAAAGCUCAAUCUAGUGCACAGCCUUGAAUGAUGGUACCACAGCAAACCUGUAACACUAAACUUUUACUGUGAAGUCUGCUCACAUUCCAUGUCCGAGUGUAUGCAUUGAGUGGUUUCUUUCCUUAACAAGAGAAAAACAACAACGUGUGGAUCCCUCUCCCAGCUCAGCAUCUGGGUUCGCCGUUUGUGUUAACCUGACUUCAGUAACUUUCUGUAAGGCUGGCUAACUUGGCUGAGUAUAUGGAGUGGAAGCCUCAUGCCAUAUACAGUAACUGCACAGUCGUGCUACAGUAUUUUGAAGUAGUCCUUGAAAUACAUAUACUCUUUAAGCAGAAGCCCUUGGUCGCACUUUUAAGGUUUUUUUUUAAUAUAUGUAUAUUCACAGAUUUAAAAAAAAAUCCGAACAGCAUACUUGAAGAGUGUAAUACUCAAACUCUCAGUGCUUCCUUAUUGUUUCUAAUAGGAUUUUUUAUUAUAAUUAUAAUUAUUAUUAUUAUUAUUGGGGGUUUUUUUUGAAGGGGUUGGGAGGGUCAUUACUUUUUUUCUUUCAAAUAAAGAAGUGAUGUUUUUAAAUGAAGAAAUGCGUGAAUAAUUGUGAGCCGUCUUGUCCUGAAGCAGUUCUGAGAAGGGCAGAGAGUAGUUUCUAGUGUCAGGCUGUCAAAUGCAGCACUGUCCAUAUGCCAUUUGUCUGUCCUCCUGAGCUUGAAGAUGCAGCAUCAUGGAAAACAUCUGUUUUCUCCAUACCUUUUUGUCAUGCAGGGCUUUUUUUCCUUUUUCCACAUGUGAAGGAUGCUAUGUUUGUAUUUUUUGUUUGCGUGUCAUCUCUCAUUCCUGGCCUCAGGAUAAGAGCAAGGAAUUUCUGUUCAUCUCUUCCUAGGGAAAAGACAAGUUCUUUUGAGGAAAGAAGUACUGACUCAACAGUUCACUUAACAGAAUGGUUAUCUCAAAAAUAGUUCUAAUUAAAAAAAAAAAAAAAACCUGAAAAGUGAAACCAAAGUUUUCGUCCUGUCAGGCUCUGGUAAGAUUAUUUGUGUGUCUGUAUCUGUAGUGUGCCAUCCUCUUUUUCAGCCACAAGGGACAGCACUUGGUGCAGACACCUGUGUGUGCAAAUCUCAAAAGGAAAUGCCAGCUUCAAAUGCAGCCCCAAGUCUUCACAAUGUGCCAUUACUGGUGACCUGUUGGUACAGGUAGGCAGCCCUCAAGUCCAAGGAAUCUGUGUUCAUUCUGUGCUGAUUUUUAACUGCUGUCCUUUUCACCAUAACAGUGCCAAGAUUCAUCUUUUGUCUUCAUGAAAUCUAAAAAAAACCCCUCCAGGAUUCUGUCAAAACCAUUUAUGGUGUUUAGUUAGGUCUUACUGGUUUCCUUCAUUCCAGGAUCAACUUCCCUCUAGGAAUCAAAUGUUGCCCAAGUGACCUAAACCAGUUGAAAUCAUACGUGGGCAUGUAUGAGACAUGUACAACAUACAUAUACACACAUGCAUAGGCAUUGUGCUAUGGUACAGAUUCUGGGUUCUGAGAAAUUCCCUCAAACAAAGUUAAUACCUUGAGUGUUUUCUGAUUUCCAGCAAAGGCAAGGCCUCCACUGUCCGUCUUUCUUCCUCCAAGAGUUUUUUCUGCAGUCACAGGAAACUCAGGUGCCCUUCCCCCGGGGAUCCCAGUACACCUCUCUGUCACCAUGUGCACUAAUCUGCUCCUGUCCUAAUUAAAACAAAGACUGACAUUUACAGCUGACUCAAGCCAAAACUGCUUGUGCUUUCUGCAGUGCCACAGCCAGAGCAGAGGUGUGUGGCCAUUCCCUCCCUUGCUCCUGGCUCCGGUGAGGCUCUUCUCUAGUGACUCACAUUUCUUGGCUAACUAUCAUCUUGCCAUUUUCCAGGUUUUUUCAGAAACAAAUGUGUGAAUCACAGUAAGAACUGAUUUGGCACAUAACUGAAAUACUUCGUUGCCUUUUUUUUUCCUGAAAACUGGCCUUUGUACCUCUUUUUCUCAGUUUUGUUCACACUACAAUUGCUUAAGAUACGUUUUCCUGUGGUCAAAUCAGGAAGGAGUUAAAAACCAGUGGCUCUGGACAUUUAGUGUCUGUAGUAUUUAAGGAAGUGUUGUCCCUCUUCUUUAUGUCCUAAUUUCAUUUAUUUUCUCAACUCUGUCAUAUUCAGUAAGUAUCAUUUGCUAGCUUGCCAGAAAUGCAGGCUUAAUAGAAACUGACAUCUCAGAACUCUUUGGUGAAGGCCAUAUACAUAUGGGUCUGGACAAAGUGUCUGUCUCUUUCUCUCUCAACAGUUUCUUCCAUUCCAGAAAGUUGUCUGCAGUAACGUCAUGUAUGAUGCUGCAUCCACUUCUCAUAUCCUAACACAACUGCCAUGUGUUUUGCCUUUUGCACUAGCAGAACAUUUUGGGGUUUUCCUCCCUCUUCAAUUUGAAAGUCUGUGAUGAUUUCUGAUAGCUUAAUGAUGAUGUUGUUGGAAAUGUGAUUCUAGCUUUAAAGCUCCCUUUCCUUGUACAUGGUUGUGUUUGCUUUCCUGAUGGAGUGUUUCUGGGUGACGCGUAGAGAACAGUUUCUGCUGUGGAUGUGAGUGCGUGCGUGCGUGAGUACCUUUAAUAGCCUCCUUUGUAGAUAAAAACUUUUUAGUGACCAUCUCUGAGUGGCAGAAUGUUUCCCAAAACAUUUCAUAUUCGGAGUUGAAGUGAUUCAGAAAUUGCUUAGAUGUGUUUAGCACAUACUGCCUUGGCACAUAAAAAGGGAAAAAUAUAAUGGACUGUGUAAGUUCCAGGAGCAGCACCUCCUCAUUAACAUUUGAGGGUUCAAGUGAAGUUCAUCUGUUUCCCCUAUUUCCUUCAAUAUAAAGAAGAAAGAAAAUCUUGAUGCAAAAAAAAAUAUUUUUAAAACUUUUAGAAAGUUCUUUUUUCUCUCAGCCUCAUUAGUUUAUUUCAAGGGUAUUCAGCAUGCUCCCAGCAGUUAUUCUGUUGGUUUAUUCCAAUCCCAUGUGUGCUUAGGUGGGAUCAGAUGAACUGCUGACUUAUGUGCGUGUUGCAGGAAAGCACUGUCUGUCAGCUUUGAAAAUAUGCAUUUUUAAAAUUAAAAAAAGAAAAGGCAUUAUAAAAAAAGAAGCCAAGCUACAAAGGGUUCAAGACUGAGUAGUUUUGCCAGUUUUUAAAUGAAUUCUGGAAGUGGCUAAAGAGUUACCCUGUGUGUCUGUGUUGUGUAUGCCAGGUGGUAUAGUCGUAGGCAAUUGACUUAGCUGUAAGUGUGUUUUAAAAGUGUAAAAAAAAACCAGAAAAACUCACUUGCACGGGUUGAAAAGUACAGAAAUGACACUUGUGAACGUAACACUGUAGUUUAUAGAUCUUAAGCUGCUAAUUGUUGAGAGAGAUUUACAUUUGUCUUGUCUGAUUGUUGCAGAUUUAUCUGUGGCAAUUUUACUGUAUAUAAAAAACUUUAAAUAAAGACCUCAGCUAUUAACA